AUGAAGCUGAUUGGAAAACAUAUCGACAAGGAAGGCUCUGGAUAUGUCAGCCUUCGUCCGGAAGACGAUGAGGAUAUGUGGCAUUUGUACAAUCUGAUCCAAGAGGGCGACCAAGUCCGCGCACCUGCAAUCCGCCGAGUGCAGAAUGUCUCAGCAACGGGAUCCACGGAUUCGCACCGCGUCCGGCUCAACCUCACUUUGGAAGUCGUGCGUGUGGAGUUCACGCCAGCCAUCACCUCCUCGACCGCCGACACGACCAACCCGAACUCAACCACAUCCGCGGACGUCACCGCGUCUAUCCAGAUCUCCGGCCGGGUGACGGCGGAGAACCAGCAUGUUAAGAUGGGGGCGUUCCAUACGCUGGAUAUCGAGGUAAACAGGGACAUCAGGAUCAUCAAGGACGAGUGGGACAGUAUCGCGCUGAAUCGCGUUGAGGAGGCUUGCGUGCCAGGACGAGGGGCAGAGGUUGCAGCUGUUGUCUGUGGUGAAGGUACUGCAGCCUUCGUCCUCCUUUCCGAACAUCUCACCACUAUACGUCAUCGUCUGACCACAUCCAUCCCCCGCAAGUCAUCUUCAUCGUCAAUGCACGAGAAGGGCAUGGCCAAAUUCUACUCCCAGCUCUACGCUGCGUUCCUCCGUCACAUCCCUUACGCAUCUCCGACGAUCAAAGUGAUCGUCAUCGCGAGCCCCGGUUGGAUUCGAGACUCGGUCUACGACUAUAUCAUUAAAGAAUCAGAAAGAACUGGUAACAAGGCACUUUUGAGAGCCGUGCGGGAGAAGGGGGUCAGGAUUCAUGUUAGCAGCCCGCACGUCCAUAGUUUGGUGGAGGUCUUAAAGAGUCCGGAGAUUACUGCUCAAUUGAAGGAGACCAAGUUCGCCAAGGAGGGCAUAACGUUGGAUAAAUUCUUCAAGAUGCUUGGAUCGGACGAGAUGCGUGCAUGGUAUGGUCCUGACCAUGUAGCGCUCGCGAUAGACAGAGGAGCGGUCGGUACUCUGCUUAUAUCCGACCAGUUAUUCAGAGCGAGUGAUCCCGCCGAGCGGAAGAAGUAUGUCGGGCUCGUGGAAGCUGUUAGGGACAAGGGAGGUGAGGUUGUGAUUUUCUCCAGUAUGCACGAAUCUGGGCAGCAACUGAACCAAUUGAGCGGUAUCGCUGCCAUACUAACUUUCCCGUUGGAUGUCGAAGUUGUGGAGGCGGAAGAGCGGGAGGCUAAGGAGGCUGAAGAGGAGAAACGUAGAGCGGAAGCCGAAGCUGCCGGAAAUGACUCCUGAAGGAAUCGGGCAUCGAUGUAAACCGAAGCGUCCGCAGAUCAGCAACCUUAGAAGUUGUAAAUUUGUAUCAGAAAUGUACAUGGUAUGCCUUCUUCCAACGUCGCUGCCGACUACAUUUACGCAGCGGGCCGGGAUUACGAGGUUUGGUUAUUCUUUCCUAUCCUCUCCAGAUAUGCAUUCCAACCCUCCUUCAUAUACCUCUCCGCCUGACUCCUCACACUAUCCCUGUCCAAGGCCUUCGGAUUCCCGUAUAUCCCCCUACCAACGAUAAUCACAUCACAACCACUCUCCACAAUAACCUGCCUGGGCGUGCGGUAUUGCUGUCCCAUCCCGUCGCCCUUCGUAUCGAGGCCCACUCCAGGCGUGAGGAUGAGGAAGUCUGCGUCUUCUUCCCCAUCUGCCAGCCCAACGCCAUCCAUCCGGCGCUGUGCGAUGAAGCCUAUGACAAAGUCCUUGUUUGCCCGAGCCAUUUUGACGGCUUCUUCGGUGUAGGAGCCAACUGCCAGGCUGCCCUUGGUGGACAUCUCCGCGAGAAGGAGAAGCCCCCGCCCGAGGGGUU